CGUAAAGGGCCCAUAGGAUGCCCUGUCUUUCCAAAGUGGACGUCAUGUUCAGAUGAGCCGAUGAAAACUGUUGUUUCCAAGGCAGUCAUUAAGCUGGAUAAACAAUCAUAUGGUGAAUUGAAAGUAUACGUUAAUGACAAGUGGUUAGCAGUGUGUCGAGAUCGAGUGUAUACCAUCUAUGAAGAUUGGGCCCUUCGUCUAGCUAAAACAGUCUGUCGUCAGCUCGGCUACAACUCUAGCAAAAACGUUAUGUCAUUCAUAAAACUCCAGGGUCGUACACCGUUUUCCCAAUUAUUUCUCUAUACAGACAUUUCCUGCAGAGGUACGCAGAAACAUUUAGAAGAGUGUCAUCACACUAGGUGGAAUACUGGAAUGGGCAGGAUGUGCGAAAGUACUUCGAUAUCCUGCGAUGUUCCAUCUAUUAGGCUAAGUGAAAGAACAUAUGGUGUUGUACAGAUCCGUUUAAAUGACUCUGUGUGGCUUCCUCUGUGUAAGUAUUGGUACCAGGGUCAUGAAUACACAUGGGGCAAAGAAGAGUCCAGAGUCUUGUGCAAACAUCUAGGUCUUAACACAGGCAAUAUUCUUACGUAUAAUUACAAAACACCGCAUCAAGGAGAUCAUGUUAGCACAGACAUGAAAUGCAAAGGCUCCGAAAGUGACUUACGUGAGUGCGAACGAUUUUCAUGGUCAUUCAUGAGACCAGCUUUUAUUUGUCACACUGUUUAUGUUGCAUGCGAUAUGUCGAAAGAUGUGAACAUACAUUUGAGAGACCCUGAUGAUCAUUCUGGUAAGCCAGAGUUACUUGAAACAAAGCUCUGUAGUGAUAAAUGGACUGAAACUGAGGCGAGUGCUAUAUGCGACAAUUUAGGAUUGUCACCUAAAUAUGCUAUACCUCUGUUUUAUGAACAACAUUCUGCUCAUGAUAGAUCGAAUUCUUCUUCAUUUGAAUGCAGUAAAAGUGAAUAUGGUGUUGAAUGUGAGAUGGAGAAAUGUCCCUAUUGUGACUGCCUUCAUUAUAAUGUAGGGGUAAGGUGUUUCGACCACAAGCCGGGUAUCCAUGAAUACAUCAAGGUAAAGCCUCAGUUUCCUUACACCGGCCAAGUUGAAGUGCAUAUCCC